GAUCUAUAUUGGUCUCAUUUAUAACCUAUGAAAUUCAUUCAAAAGCAGAAGUUGAAUACUUUUGACUUUUGACACAGAAGGCAGCCAUGGAAGUUGAUGUGGGAAAAACAACACAAAUCAAGCAGGAACACAAGAGAGAUGAUCGCCAGGACAGUGAAAAAGAGGAUGAAAAGCAAUUUGAGUUAACUGAAGCCGAAAUGGGUGCGGCGAAAGAAGAAAACCAAAGGCUAAGGGUGAGCUUGGACCAGAUCAUGAAGGAAUACGAAACCCUUCAACAGAAGUUCAAAGAUAUUCUUCAUCAACAACAAGAAGUUGCAACUGCAGUCACCAUUGCAAUCAACCAACCACCUAACCACGACGAGUCCGAGCUUGUUUCCCUUAGUCUUGGACGGACAGCAACAACCGACAUGAUCAAGAAAGAUAAGAGAUGUUCAACACCUCCUAUCAAAAGUGUACAAGGGUUGGGUCUUGGGCUUGAGUGUGGGAAAUAUGAAAUACUAUCCUCCACACAAGCCGAAUCUUCGAUCAACCCGAGCCAAGACAAUAGUCAGGAAGAAGCUAAAGAUGAAGACGGAGAGACUUGGACGCCACAUAAACCGCAAACUCUGAAGAGAAGUGGAGAUGAUCCUGAAGUCUCGCAACAAAACCCUACGAAGAAAACGAGGGUAUCGGUUAGGGUUCGCUGUGAGACCCCAACGAUGAACGAUGGAUGUCAAUGGAGAAAAUACGGACAAAAGAUCGCGAAAGGAAAUCCUUGCCCACGGGCAUAUUAUCGUUGCACCGUCUCUACUAAUUGCCCAGUGAGAAAACAGGUACAAAGAUGUCCUCAAGAUAUGUCGAUUUUGAUAACGACGUACGAAGGAACACACAACCAUCCUUUGCCGGCGUCUGCCACCGCUAUGGCGUCCACCACUUCCGCAGCGGCCAGUAUGUUAACAUCCGGCUCUUCGACCUCAGGAUCAAACUCAAACCCUAGCACGUCCUCACACUUAAACUUCUAUCUCAACGAGAACUCAAAACUAAAGCCGAUUUACUUGCCAUAUUCUUCAAUAUCCCCCCCUCCCUCAUGCCCAACCGUCACACUUGAUCUUACGUCAAACACGCUUUCGACGUCGUCACCAUUCAACUACCGGUCGACACCGGUAGCCACCAUUUUCCCUCCAAGAUAUUCAUCCACAAACCUGAAUUUUAGCUCUUCGGAUUCUAAUGCAUUGCCAAUUUCUUGGAGCAACGGGUCCCUCAGCUAUGGCAAAAAUCAAAUGGGGUCCCUCAACUUUGGAUCAACACAACCUCAAGAAAACAUCUACCAUUCUUUCAUGCAAAACAAGAGUAUGAUGGCAACUCCAGCCACUACUCAACAUUCUCUACAGCCAGACACCAUUGAAGCUGCAACAAGAGCAAUCACAUCAGAUCCUAAUUUUAAGUCUGUUUUACAAGCUGCAUUGACGUCAAUAAUUGGUGGUGGUGCGGUGGGAAGUCAAGGCGGUGGUGUUGUGAAACCGAGAGAUACAUUUCCUGUGUUUUCGAGUUUACCUUUAACGUCAAGCAUGAAUACAACAACCUUCCACAACAAAUCUGUGGCAGCAACAGCGAUAAACUCUCAAGCUGCAGGUUCGAGCUCAUUGCUAAUUCCUAGCUCAAGGAGUAAAUCUACUUCUCCGGAAACUAGCCGAGACCAUGUGGUAUAAAUAUGGAUAUACUUAGGAUAGCACUUGAUUUUUUUUUUUUUGUAUUUUUUCUUAGUCAAUGAUUGAUGAUCGUAAAAAGAGUAAUUGUAAUUAAUUUAUAAACUUAUGUGUUGUAAUAUUUCUUACACGU